CAGCUCUUCAGGAGCCUGGUUAUGUGCUCUGUUGUUAUAGGGAUGGCUGAGAGAAUGUUUAUGCAUUAUGAACAGUAUUACUGUUGAUUCACCUAACCUUAAACACCUUUGAUCCCAUAAACUAUCCUUAAAUACCCUCUGUAGAAAAGGCAUGGGGGUUAUGCCAUGAUUUUUUCUGUGACAUUGCCUCAUACCUGUAGUUUCCCUACUGUCCUUGACCCUGUCAUUCCGACCCUAAUUGUGUGCCUGCUUUCUCAGCUCAGUAUGUCAUACACAGAACCUAGUCGCCUCCCUUCUGCUUGCUGUUUGGAGGGCCAACACACCCCAAGAGCAAAGAACACAACAUAUUAGCUGGGGCUUUUCAAAUUCGAAGGGCAGGGUUUUUUUUGUGCGAUGUUUUUAUAAGCUUUAAGUGAAUUUUAUUGUUACUGUACAGAGUUUCUGUCUGUCUCUUUCUUGAUCUCUCUGCUGGGUAGGCUAGCUCUAGACAUUGUGGUGUACUCAUGUAGUAUGGAGAAAUGCAGAUGACGCCUGUCAAAUCCCCCCCGCCCUGCAGAGGACAGAAGCCCCUCCGACAGCACUGUCAUAUGUUAAUGAUCCAGCGCUGUCCAAUCAACCUUAGCUCUGUCUCUGUAUAAGACAUUGUAUUUCCUGCUGGUCUCUCAUCGGUUCUUUCUCAGACAGAGGAGGAAUGGGAGAAGAUAGAUGUGCAGCUUAGGCAAGGGGUGGAGAUUAGUAGAGAAGAACUUUGUGGUGAAAAUAGUGGCUUGCCAGUUUGAACCGAUGUUGAGGGUGAAGUGUGUAAUUUCUGUGCCAUUAGCAGCACCAAAAAUAAUUUUGCCCCGUCUGUCUUUAAUAGAUCCAGCCAUUGGUUUUGAGCUGUGUCAGGCUGAUUGGGUUGCUUAAACAAACAGAGCAAGGUUUUCAAAGACACAUCCAGUGUUUACACAAGUAUCUAAACCUCAAAGAAAUACACAAAUCAUCUGUACAGUUAUGAAAACAAUCAAGUGUUAUUCAUUUACGCUAAUUAAACAUUUUGCAUCAAUAAUACACUACAAAGAUUAGACUGUUGUCUCCACCCCAUGCCUUCUAGCGUCUGAUUACAGCGGCAGUGACACGUCUGUGUUCUGAUGCUAUUGGUUCCCUCACUUGCCUGCCUACCUUGUUGCCACACACCCAAAAACAUCUCAAACCGAUGUCACAAUUACUCAAACGUGACUGCUGCAUGACCUUACUAGAAAGAAAACACUUACUAUAUAGAUAUAUAUAUAUAUGAAUAUAGAUAUAGAUGGCUAUGAUUUUACUAUUUUUGUUUAUAGUUUUUAUUCAUUAUUCACACAAGAGAUUUGUGUAUGUACCGUCUCUGAGCCUUUUGCUAUACUGACACCUCUGCACCGACUUAACAGUGGACAGUUAUGACCUUACUAAACCUUGGUAUUUGUAAAUGCUCUAUAGUGUGAUGCCCUGAAGCUCUCGUUUUUAUCCUAUUCUUUUCAUUUUUGUUUAUGAGAACAAAAAAGAAAGACCAAAAAAAAAAUUGUUUGGCUUUGACAUACCGAUCAAACUAGCACUGUAUAUUGUAGCUAAAUUAUGUAUGAUGAUUCUAUCACUCCUCUUUCACUUCUUUGACAAAGAAAUAAAAAAGAAAAACAGGAAAAAACAUCCUGAUGUAAAAUACAAUAUGUGUAGUGUAUGCUUGUAUCUAGUGAGCGUUCAUGCUGUCAUUCUUUCGUAAUGUCUGGUGGUGAUCAGUAGGUGGCGCUGUGCUUUCCAACUGAAUACGCUCAUCUGUUGUAAAACCCUUUUCUUUUGUACACCUGCUCAUCAGUAUGUGAUGGUGAAUUAGUGACCUUCAUUCCUUUCUUUUUUCUCUUUAUUUUUGUCAUUAUGAUGGAAAAGUGGCUGCAUUUAUAUGCGUUUAAUGCACAUUUACUUUUACAGAUGAGCCUGAUGGCGCACACCGCUUAUGGAGACGUGAGCUAUUCUUUCCUGGAGGAGAUGAAACGCGGAUCUGUGAUUGGAAAUAUCGCGAAGGAUCUCGUGCUCGAUGUGAACAGACUGUCAUCUCGAAAAGCUCGGAUUGAUACUGAAGGUAACAGAAAACGAUACUGUAACAUUAAUAUGAAUACUGGAGAACUGAUCGUAGCGGAGAGAAUCGACAGAGAGGGACUAUGCAAUGAAAGAAUUGUCUGUGCUCUCAAUUUCGAAUUGGUUCUAGAACACCCAUUGGCGAUGCAUCGUGUGACAAUACACAUACAAGAUAUUAAUGACAACACACCAGCAUUUCCUAAAGAUGUAAUAAAGCUUGAGAUAAGUGAGAAUGCUGUGAAAGGCGCUCGGUUCCGCGUGAAUGAGGCUCAUGAUGCAGACAUAGGAAAGAAUGGAGUACAAAGCUAUUCGAUUGAAAGGAAUGAGCAUUUUAUUUUAUCCGAAAGUACAAAGGCGGAUGGUGGCAAAACUAUUGAGUUAGUGUUAGACAAAGAGUUGGACCGUGAGCAACAAAAACACACACACACACACACACACACACCCCAGUUUGUUGUUUCUCACUUAAUCCUUUAG